AACACACCACCACCAACCAUCUCGAUCAUCAUCAUCAUCAUCAUCAAAAUGGCAGGCUCAUUCCCAGUCUCAGUCAAACAUGGCCAGAAGAAGUACGACCUCCAACUCGACACAUCCCAACCACCCAGCGCAUUCAAACAAGCCAUUUACCAACUCACCGGAGUCGCACCAAUCCAACAAAAGAUUCUCGUCAAGGGUGGUCAACUGAAGGACGAAUCAGAUUGGUCUAAACUGGCCAUCAAACCAGGUCACCAAUUCAUGCUCAUCGGAACCGCCGGUGAACUGCCACCACCACCAACCCAACAGGCGAUCUUUGUAGAAGAUCUCACCGAGACCGAACUUGCUGAAGCCGAUCCUUUCCCCGCUGGAUUGGAAAACUUGGGAAACACUUGCUACUUGAACUCCACCGUCCAAGUUCUUCGGGCCAUACCCGAAUUACAAACCAAUCUGACAAAAUACACUCGAGCAGCCGAUCCGAGCCGAAACGACGUGGCCUUGACCUGCUCACUACGAGAUACUUACCAAGACUUAACCAAAUCAUCCGACGGGUACUCCCCCUUCAACUUGAUCGCCACUCUACGAUCCUAUGCCCCGCAGUUUGCUCAACAAACUCAGGGGCAUUACGCACAACAGGAUGCAGAGGAAUGCUGGGUUCAACUCUUGAGUGCCGUUCGGAGUACACUGGAUUCAUCCGUCGGUACCGAUGGCAAGUUUGUCGAACGGUACUUGACCGGUGAACUCGAGACAGAAACUAAAUGUACUGAAGCUCCUGAGGAACCACCAACGAUCUCAAAAGAAAAAUGGUUGGAGUUGAAGUGUAACAUCAGCAUCUCGACGAACUACAUGAUCACUGGAAUUCAAGAUGGCUUGAAACAACCUCUCGAAAAACUCAGUCCAUCUUUGGGUCGAUCGGCACAGUAUCUCCAAACCUCUAAGAUUUCCCGAUUACCCGCGUAUUUGGCGAUUCAUAUGGUGAGAUUCUACUGGAGACGGGACAUCAACAAGAAGACGAAGAUCAUGCGAAAAGUGAAGUUCCCGUUCAACCUAGAUCUGACGGAUCUGUUGAGUGACAAGUUGAAGAGCCAAGUCGGACCGGCGGCGAGCAAGCUAAAAGACAUUGAGAAAGAUCGACGGGAGCGAAUCAAGAUUCAAAAGAAGAAGAAGAUCGCCAAGGAGGAGAGUUCGAAGAACCAGAUGGCGAUCGACCAACAGCCCAAUGGGGCUGGAGCCGCAAGCACGAGCUCGGCCCCACCCCCGACCGAGGAGAAGCCUAUUGAAGGCGCCCAGGAGGAGGAGGAGGAGGAUGAGGCGACGAUCAGGGAGAGAGAGGCCGCGGUAUUGAUGAGCUUGAUGGACCCUGAAUUGGUAAACGAUGUGGGGACGAACCCGACUGCCCAAUACGAACUGUGCGGGAUCGUUACCCACAAAGGCGCCUCGGCCGAUGGAGGCCAUUAUAUGGCUUGGGUUAGGUGCGACGCUGCCAAGGCUAAUCCUAAUCUACCUCAACCAUCCACCAGCGAGCCAUCGAGCUCAACCAAAAAACUGGAACACCAAGAUCCGGAUGACCAAGAAUGGUAUAAAUUUGAUGAUGAGAAAGUCUCGAUCGUCCAUAAAGAUAAGAUCUUGGGCUUGGAUGGCGGCGGUGAAGAUUCGAUCGCUUAUAUCUUACUCUAUCGUCCCACGAAAAUCUGAUAUAUAUAUAUUUAUGUUAGAAAAAGAUAUGUUCGAGGGAUAUCUUACUAUAGAAGAACAAACAAACAAAAAAGAACACACCUUUUUUUCUUUUUUUUCUCUUUAUGGCUUUUUUUUUUUUUCAAAAAUAAAAUCUUUCCAAACAUUGUUCUGUUAUGUGAUAAAAAAAAAGAAACAAAUCAAAUCAAAUCAAAGAGCUUGUUCUACAUCUGCAAUCUAGAGAGUUGAUUUCCGGGAGAGACUUGGGCUGCUUAGAUGUACAAAUUGGCAAGAAGAAUAGAACAAAAUAGUAGUAGUAAGAAA